UCUAAGAUAGUUAGAAAAAUGAUGAAAAUUGUGAUCCUCGUCUUGGCCUUAGUAGCCAUUGCUGCCUGUUCUCUAGACGUCAUUCCUCAUUACAGCCAUCAUGGACACGGACAUGGAAUCAGCAGCAGAUAUUUCAGGAAGGCACAAGGACAUGGAUAUGGCGGAUAUGGUCUUGGAUACGGAGGAUACGGCUAUGGUGGCCUUGGAGGAUAUGGUGGUUAUGGUCUUGGAUAUGGAGGUUAUGGAUAUGGUGGCCUUGGUGGAUAUGGAGGUUUCGGUUAUGGAUACGAUGCAUACUUGUAAAUCGAAAGAACCGCAUCCAGCAAACUUCAUUUCGACUAAUCUGUUUCUUUAAAUUAAAAUAGACUGAUUCAACAGUACUUUAAGCCAAACAAGAAUU